ACUAUUCUUCUUCUACUUCUAGGUAUCAGCAACAAUGGCACAUACUGCAAACGAAUUAAAGACUUACCAAGGGGUAACUAUAGUUACCUUGUUGUUUUCUAUUUAUGGUAACUUGGAUUAUUAUUACCACAGCAAGCAUAUUGCUACUCCAUUCACGGCUAGUUUCUGGAUGUUGUUUGCAUUUUGGGUGGUUCUUUAUCUUAAACAAAUUUUAUUCACCCUCUUCACAUUUGUCCAAGACGAUGACAGAUUAAGAACUAUUCUCGAUUUAGGCUGGCAUUUCCCUGUUUUCAAUGUCUUGAUUUACUUUUGGGCAGAAUUGUUUAUUCACAAACACUACUUUUGGAGUGAAGUGGUUCUAAUUAUCAAUCUUUUCAAUGUGUCAUACUUGUACACCAAGCACAAGUCAUAUUCCAUCAAGCCAAUAACCCGCUUUGGUUUGAUUCAUGUUUCGGUGGCAGCAAUGCCAUUCAGUUGGUUGCUCUAUGCUGUAUUCUGGAAUGGAGCACUCAUGUUCCACGUCAGGGAAAAGCUUUGGACUAGAAUUUUAGCCAACAUUUUCAUUUGGAACUUUUUGGGUAUUGGAUCCUUGUUGGUCUACGCGUUCGACGACUGUGCAGUUGGGUUCAGUCUCUCUUAUUUGAUGUUCGCAUUGAUGGUUGGUCAAUUGACAAUUAAGGUGUUUGCACUCCAAUGGAUCUUUGCCCUUGCCAUUGCUGUAGUGUUGUUCCUUGUCAGUUCUGGUGCAUUGGUUAAUAGAUUGCGUGGAGAAUCAGGACAGCCACUGGAAGCUGCUCCAUUGUUGCCAGAGCAAGUUUAAUUUUAAUUUUUUGAUGCAUUGGUUUUGUUUAUUUUCUUGAUUAGCUCUUGUUUAAGUAAAUGUGGAUGUUGGUUAAGGACAAUUGAAUUGUAUAGCAAAAGUUGAGAGUGAUGGGCUAAUGACGAUAUAGUGUCUUUAUGAAUAUUUGUUAAAAAUUCCGUUGUAUCUGUAGUAUCUGGGUUUCCAAUAGAGCCAUACUUGGAUUU